AUGACUCUUUCCAUCCAAGAAAUCUCCGACCGGCUGGAGAUAGAUGAUUUGUAUGCACGAUACGUGCACGCUGCGGAUGAAAGAGACAUAGGGUCACUCGAUCAAAUCUUUUCACCGCAUACUUCCUUCGACUGGUCUGCAGGUGGUGGUGGAAAAAUGACAUACGAGGAGGCCAAGCGAGGCCCUGUCUUCACUGGGAAGCUUUUUCCAUGGACUUUCCACAUCUACGCCAAUACUGCCAUUGAUUUUUCCGAUGACAAGCAGACUGCAGUGGUCAAAGUGAAGACAUUGACUCCUCUAGGUCUCAAUGGCCCCGAUGGCACACCAAUGAUGUACCAGAUGAACGGUGUCUAUGUGGACAAACUCGAGAAGACUAUGGACGGCUGGCGCAUUAUCAAUCGCGUGGCGCGUGAAGGGUUUAGUACUGGCUCUGGGGACUUGAUCAAUGGGAUGAUGGGAAUGCUUGAAGCUUCAGGAAAGUCAUUAAGUUGA